GAGAGAGAGAGAGAGGAGGAAGGGUUGUGCAUGGUGACACUAUAGCAUCAUCGGAGCAGUACCACGGUGGUGGACACCGACGACGAAAACAUACAAGGCAGAAAGCCGUCGUGAUGCAAGCGAAUUCGGUUUUGAGAAAGACGGGCGCGAGGUGAGGGCUUCAGAAACCCCGUCAACUGCCACAAAGACGAGGAGAGGGGAGGCGGCGAGAAAGGGUUUGUUCCAAUGGGCUGCGGUGGAAGCAAAGCUGCCGCGAUUGAGCCCCGGUAUUAUGAGAGCUGGACCAGGGAGACCGAAUCGACAUGGCUCACGAACACCGACACCGAGACCCCCCAGUUACAGCUGGGCAUCAUCGGUAACAACACUGGGAGCCUUGACAGUGCUGGUGCUGGCAUGAAGGAAAACGCGGCGUCAUGCACAGGUAAGACCGAGGCAGGGAGGCAGCCGCAGCUAUGCGCAAGCUCCUCUCUCAGGGAGAAGAGGAUGGUGAACACGGGGACGCAGUGUGGGAAGCAGCCUCUCUACGCCACCUCCAGCUCCAACAACCAAAGGAGGAUUCUGCACCGCGAGGAGAUUAAGCAGGAGCCCAAGAGGAUGCCCUCAAAGGAUGUGGGCGGGAACAUCACCAAGAGCAUCCAGCCAAUCGGCAGGGGGGAAAUGGCACCCAGCUGCAUACAGUAGAGAGGGUGUGGUCGUCCGGUGCUGUGAGGCGGUGGCGACACAGCGGGAGGAGACCAGUUUGAAAUGACUGUUUUGAGGAGCUGCUGAAGGAGCCCUGCUCGCAGCAUUCACCUUGAUUGACAGGCCACAUGCCACGGCUUCAGUGGUUUGAGAUGCCAUUUGAAUGAGGUGCCCUUGUUGCUCUGGGAAUGCGAGGCAACGCGCAAAUGCAGGGUAAAAUGCCAACUGGAAAAUGCUGCUGAAUUCACCCUUUACUUAUCUGGAAGUGUCCUGUCUGUUCCAUAAGCUCAUUGUUGAAACCAUUUCAGAGUCAUCCCCAGACAGCACUAUGGAGUGACUGUGUCAGCCUGAACAAUAUGCUGCGAUAGUAUGGAUGUAUAAUGAGAGAAGUUUUCUGAGAUGCCAUAAUGAAUUUAUUACAGUUCACUCAAUUAUUAGCCUUGGUGCUUAAAAUGUGUUGUGCUGUCUAUGAGAAAAGGAAACCCAGGGAAAGCAUCUGGUUGUACAAACCAGGAAUUCCUAAAUAAAUAUGCCUUGUAAGGAACAUUUAUCUCAAUAUUUUGGGUAUGUCCACCUCAAUAGAAUGCCAUUUCCAUGUUCUUACUGACUUUCUUCAGAAUUCUUAAAGUUGCUGUCCUGUAGCUCCAGUUCAACACAUGUAGUACAUGACAAUUUGUAGUGCACUACUGACAACAGAUUUAAGGUCAACUUGCCCAACUAUAAUCCUCAAUCCCUGGCCAUUUAGAGUAAAGUUUUGUUUCUGAUCCAGGAUAGUUUGCUUAGGUCAAGUGCCAACACUAAUUUUUCAGAAAACCAGCCCAAAGCACCCUCUAAUGAUCUGGAGAUUUGAGUUUUAUAUGUGGUUGACACAUUGUAAUUGUGAUUAGUCCUGUGUAAUCUUUAGCUGUUUCAUUUGGAUUAGUUCAUACAGUAUACACCUUUGCUGCAAUUAAGCAUGUAGACAUUUAACAAAACAUAAGCCUGCCAUUCAGCUAUUAUUUCAAAUGAUGCAGGUAGAAUU